AUGAUUCGAACUAUUGAGAAAACUGAAGAUGCACCUUCUCGUAAACGAUUUUUACAAUUAACAAAUAGCGAUCUAAAUACUUUGUAUUGUCCAUGUUCAAACCAUGCUAUUACAUACAGUACAUUUGUUACAACUAAAGUUGAUUUUCAUCAAGUUUGUUCAAGUGAAUUUAUUGAACAAACAUGGAUUGAUAAGUUAUUUACAAAUGAAAAUAUUUCAAUUGAAUCUACAGAAGAUUUUCGUGUUACUUUGAGUUUCUUUUGGCAAAUUAUUGCAGGUUUAUGUAUUGCAAGUCGAAGAAGCUGGGAUGAUGCUGUAGCAAAUUUUAAUACAUCACGUAUUCUUACUCCAGCAGUAUCUGUCGAAGAAACUAUUCGAAGUCAAGUUCAAACAACAUUUAAUAGUCAAAUCGAUUUAUCUCAAACAGCACUGGCUCAUACUUUACUUGCUAUUCGUCUUAUGACU